AUGGCUACUAUAACCACCAUCCACGAAGUACUCCAGAUGGUUAGAGACAACGGUCUUAAUGCGGAACGAGAAAACCCCCCUACCAAGCUUCCGGAAGACUUUCUUUCCAGUUUCCCCAAACUCUCAAAUGAACAAGCCGGUCACCUCCGCCAUUUCCAUAAUCUGGCUUCUCAGCCUGAUGGUGAGUGGCAUCGUAUGGGCGCUCAGGACCCUGGUCAAGAGUGGUUCGAUGCUUACCGCUAUCAACUGGCGACCAUGGCAUACGCCACCGGAAGCGCGCACUAUCAUCGUCUACCAGCUGUACGGUCAGUAUUCAAGAAUUUAUUAGAGCAGCUUAUUCACAAGAUGCUACGGAGAGAAGUCUGGGGUUAUUGGUACCUGACCAGUCAGAGUGGAAAGUUUGUGGAUCCGGACUUGGUUGAGAUGCGCAAACCAUGGGCGGAUCCAAAUAAACAAGAGAACAUUAUGUACGACCAACCGGAGGCGCUGACAUUCAACUGGGAUCCGAUAUUCUGGGGCUUCGGACCUGAGAAGUUCACCUACACUCGGAGUACCCUUCAAGAAGCCAUCCUUAGCGAGAUGGAGCGACACAACUGGAAGGGCGUCUGCUGUGAGCCGAACAGCAUUUUCAUCGUCUGCAACCAAUUCCCGAUCAUCGCGAUGCGAUACAACGACAUCCGCGACAAAACCGCCGUUGUCGACAAGGUCCUGAAGGACUAUAUUGCGGCAUGGGGAAAGGAUGGUGGCUAUUUACAGGAUGACAAAUUUUUCAUCAACUGGUACAUGGUGAAACAAGAUCGUAUAGUUCCUGGAGGUAUCGCAAUCACCGCCUGGACAUCGGCAUUCAUGAACAGCUGGAACUCUCAGUCCAUCCAUUCUCUCUUUCCAGAGCAAUCUGUGGGCUUCUUCACGAAGGCUCCCGGUGGGAGAGUGAACGUGAAUGACGAGGGGGUUGCCAAACUCAUCCGCGAGCUCGCCAAAAGCGAGGGCGCGGAUCCGCAAGCCUGGAGCACGAAGGAGAAGGCACAAAAAUUGGCGAAAAAGAUAGACGAUGCGCUCCAAGCUCCUUUUUCGCAGCCUGUAUACGGUUAUGUUGCUCAAUGGGAGAAGGGUGGCCUUUACUAUCCCCGCAACGAUACUCAGUCCGAUGAACAGGGAAACUGGAAGUUUGUGGAUCCCUAUACGGGUAACGGGGCCAUUGCGUAUGCGCGCCUAAACGUCCCGGACGGUCAGAAAAAGAUGUGGGAGAAACCAUGGUCGAAGGAACAUUUCUCGGGCUUUCCGUUCGUCGAUGGGAUCAGUCUAGCUUCUGAUGUUGAUUUCUUUCGGGGAAACUGGGAUUCAGAGAAGUGUGCUUUUGUUGUUACCUUGCGGACUUGGGAUGGUGCGACGAAGACCAUUCAGUUCCUUGUUAAGAAUCUGCCCGCUGGGCGGUAUGGUAUCUAUCGAAACGGACUUAUCAUAGCCGCGCAAGAUGUGAACGAUGACUCGAAGACCGUGGAGGUAUUUGUUGAAGUGGGAGCGGAAGAGACGGAUAUCGUGCUACUCAAGUCAGCAUACUAG